GUGAGUAACUCCGUGUCGCGUUAAAGUGACGUAGCAGCAGCAUAAUCUAAAAUAGCCCCUCAGUACUGCUGGACAUGGCGGCGCUACUGAGAGGUCUGCGGGCUGGAAGGACACUCCGGGGGCUGUGCAGCGUGGUGGCUGCACCUCCAGCAGCAAACCCCCCAUGCAGCAGUCUGAGGCGAGGCUUCCACUGUGCAGCCCUCAGGCUUCAGGAUGAAUCCAAAUCUGACAAACCCCCCUCCUCCUCCUCAUCCUCUACCUACCACGAGCACCACCAGGCUCAAUCUGCUGAGCAGGAAGCAACCACAGCUUCUCAGGGCGACUCAACAGCAGACCCUGCAGCGGAGGAGGCCUCCGGGCCCAACACCAGUUACCAGGACCAGAGUGGAGAGCAGGGCGAAGAAUACGAAACAGAGGAGCAGCUUCAGGCUCGGAUCCUGACCGCUGCCCUCGAGUUCGUCCCACUGCACGGCUGGUCCAUGGAGGCCAUUGCAGCCGGUGCUGAGACUCUGGGCCUGUCCUCGGCUUCCACUGGUAUGUUUUAUAACGGAGCUGGAGAUCUAAUCCUGCACUUCGUCUCCAAGUGCAACUCACAGCUGACAGAGAUCCUGGCUGAACAACACAAGCAGGUCCAGCUUGACCAGGCCGAGAAAAAGAGCACGGCUGACUUUCUCAGAGAUGCUGUAGAGACCAGACUGAGGAUGCACAUCCCCUACAUUGAGUCAUGGCCACAGGCAAUGAGCAUCCUGCUGCUCCCUCACAACAUCCCUAACAGUCUGAAGCACCUCAGCACCCUGGUGGACGAUAUGUGGUUUUACGCUGGAGACCGAUCAACAGAUAUGAACUGGUACACCAAACGAGCAGCGCUGACCGGCAUCUACAACACCACAGAGCUGGUCAUGGUUCAGGAUUCCUCCCCAGACUUCCAGGACACCUGGAACUUCCUCGACAAUCGCAUUCAGGAUGUGGUCAACAUGGCCACCACCGCCAAACAGAUGCAGUCAACUGGUGAAACAGUGGUGCAGGGGCUCAUGGGAGCUGCAGUUACACUGAAGAACCUGACAGGACUGAACCAGAAACGAUGAUAUAAAUACUUCUCCCUCGGACUGAUCCUGAACGCCUGACUUGUGUCAUGAGCUGAAGAUCAAUUUCAUUUUGCUCUUAUUUCUUAUCUACUGUAAGGGAACUCUGAGAGAGAAAUGCACUAGAGCUGUCAUCCAUCAACAUCAGCAGUUGUUAUUUGUCACAGGCCAAAGGUCUCUUUUGCUCUCUUGCAGGACCAGUGAAUGUGUCCUGUUGUGUUACACUGUCCAAGAUUUCACUCUCCUGCUCCCCUUUAAUAACACAGGACACAAAGAUCUGUGAAUUUGUUGUGAAAAAUAAAAUAAAGGAGUUAUUAUUGUAAAUAAAA